CAUGGUUCGUCGCUUAAAUUUUAAAGUCCAACUUGCGACUUCAAUAUGACGAAGAGACGAGAGAAUAUAGGUCGAUUAAGUUUUAAUGUGUUUUGACAUUCCUUCAAUUAUGGCAGAAAAGCAGACACGUUUUCCAGAAACUUGGAAGGACGAUGCAAGAAUGACGGUUUUGUUUGCUCCGUUUCGAGAUAAGUCGUUGAAUCCCAGUUCAUGGGAUCAGAAAAUGACAUUUUGGUCCAACCUCAUUGUUUCUGAUUGCAUAGAUCGUGGUGACAUUGUCAUUGAUGUAGAGACAUUACCAAGUAGGUUUCAGAGGAAUGGAAAGAUUCCAGCAUGUCUCAAUUCAGUGAUUGAUAACAUGAGAAGAACAGGAAAGCUGAAACCAAUAACAGAUACAGAGAUGUCCCCAUCGAAACAAGGUGCUACCAAGAGAGGCUGGGUGUCCUGGGGUGUGGAUACAUUUCUAAAAGUUCCCAUUUCUAUCGGAUGGAAUCUGAUGACAAAAUCAACAAUAUCCAACACAAAACUAGUCGUUGUUGAUGCCCUGAAGACAAAAUGUGAGGAGGUGUGUAAACAUCAGUGUGCAUGCAUGGACUGUGAUAUAACUGACUCUGUGAUAGAAUACUCAGACCUGUGGGACAGAUGUAAACAGCUUUGUAAUACAGAGGGUGAAUUCUACCUUGUCUUGAAGGAACUGGCCAAGGAGAAGAGGGUCAUACUUCACUAUACAGAUACCAGUCUGCUUGUAAAGUUUCCCAAAAGAUCAGAGUCUACAGCAGGAUCUGUGACAGAACAAGAUAUCCAGAUCCAUAGUCUUAAGAAAGCAUCCCAGGUCCUUCUUGACAGAAUUGAGAAACUUGGAAAAGAUGUGGAUAGGUUGACAGUAGAAGCAAAAAUGCAUAAAAGAAAAGACAUGAAACAAUAUGCAUUGCGAUCACUGCGACAGCGACGACGUACACAGAACAGAAUGAGUAAGCUGUCUAGUUCACUGGAUAUGAUUGACGAUAUCCUCAGUCGAAUACAGCAUGCAGCAUCUGAUGAAAUGGUUUUGAAAGCAUUACAGGCUGGUUCUGGUGCUCUGAAAACCUUAACAAAUAAAACAGGACUGGAUGAAGUUCAUAAAACCAUGGACAACUUAGCAGAGAUAUUGGAUGAACAGAACGAAAUUGAGUCAGAAAUGAACAUGUCCAGAAUAGGAGAUGUAAGCUCAGAUGACCUUGAGAGGGAGCUAGAGAGUUUGAUCGGAGAACAGGCGUCAUCACCACAGCACAGCACUUUAGUGUCACCAGAGGGAGCCACUCUCUCACCACAAAGGGGUGACAUACCAUCAUCACCUUCAGUUACUGGUGUUUCAACACCUCAAACUCCAGUCCCACUAGAAGAUGACAUUGUGGGCAUAGCAGAUCUCCUAGCAGAUCUUGACUUUGGUACCUCACCAAAUCCAAACGGCUUAUCACCUGGUCUUAACAAAAAGAAGCAGACUGGUUCACCAUUUGAUGAGGGGAAAACAGUAGAUAACUCCAAUGAGGUUUCUGAACUUGACUUUCCUGAUGUGCCCAACUUUUCCCCGGGAACAUCUGAAAAAUCUAAAGGCAGACAAAAAACUUGGACGAAAUAUCCUCAAAAGGAGACAGUGCCUUCAUAACCAAUGCAAUAAUAUCACCUCUGUACAUUAAUGAAUAAUCAUGGACAACAUAUUUUCAAAAGGAGACAGCACCUUCAUAGUCCACAUAGUAAUGUCACCUCUGUACAUUUAUCAGUAAUCAUGGACAGUGCUUGAUUGUCUGCAAUGUGUUACUGUGCCAUAAUAAUUCAUUUUGCUUUAUUUGAAGACCUUCAGUGCUUGCUUCAGUCAUACAAGGUUUAGAUAUAUAAACCUCAUGUUUUAACGAGAACAAAACUACAAACGUGCUAUCAUUGAUUAGCUUUUCAUUUUCAUUGAGAAUAUGGCUCUAACGAACUUUGAUGUGUUGAAGGGCUAUUCAGAAUGUCAUAAUAAUGAUAAUAACUGUUCUGAUAACUACUAAAUAGUGUACCUCUGCAGCACAAGUCACAUUGAAACUAGGAAGUUAACAUUUACUGUACUCUUUGCUUAAGUAUUCCGUGCUCAGUGUGAAAACUUUAACUUUGUUGUGUAGAAGUCCAUUACUUUAAUAGCACUUUGUAAAAGCAUGGAAGCUUUCACAGUAUUUUGUAAAAUUAUGAAUAUUUUGUUGGAAAACCAUAUAUUUUGAGAACAUGGUAAAAUCAUGCAGAGAACUAGUAACAUACCGUAAUGUUUCCAUUGAAUGAUGAAACUUUUAUAGUACUGUGUAGAUGAUUCCAAGCUACAUAGUUUGGUGAUGUUGCUGAAAUUGAUCAUGAAUUUAAGACUUAUGUCCAACCUGUAGUCUUACCCAAAACUCUCUAUUGCCAGGAUGAGAUAAAUGUUGCAAACGAUUUGUCAUGUUGACUAUUGUAUAACCAGUUUAAAAACAAAUCUUGACACAGGUCGAUUUACCUGUAACAUAUGUCCUAUAUCAUAAUAUAGUAAACCUAUUUAUGUUCUUGUCUAUCCUUACAGGAUUGCUACAAUUUGUAUACAGGUUGGCAUCCCUAUUAUCUAACUUAAUUUUUAAACUAAUAAUCCAGCUUCAGGUAGAGAUUUUGUAAGACUUGGCAUAUUUCACUGUUUGAAACAAUUUUUAAAUGUAAAAUCUGCUACAGGUUAGUAUUCAAUACAGUAGUUUUUUGUAAGGUUUGACUUUACCAUAUCUCAUUUCAUGUAAAUCCUUCAGAAAUUUGCAUGGCUAGAAUCAGGGGAAAUAAUCAGUUGUUAUACCCAAGUAAAAAAAAAUCAAUUAGCUGGUAUCUUUAAUAUUGAUAAUUCUUUCUCUACUUAUCAGUUGUGAUAAUCAUGAAAAAAGUUGAAUUCAAAGGUGACUAUUAAAUAUAUUAUGUAACUGCUUUCUUGAUGAAACAGUUCAACAAAAGAUGAUUAAUCAACUGAAUAAGUGAGAUAAGAAUUCUCCUUGUCAUUAAUAGGUGUCCGACGUUUUACACUACAUAUGUCAUUGAGUAAAAAACAUAUGAAAUAGCUACACAUGCAGAAUGGAUCAGAACAGCACACAGUGGAAAAUCUCUGCAUUAUGAAGAGAAAUGGAAAAGAAUCCAUAUUGUGCUGGUUUUGAUCUUAGUUCGGAGGUUGUCAUGUCUAGAUUUUCUAUAUAUAGGCCAUACACUACUGCAACGAACAGGUUAGAAUAUGACAUUGUUAAUGUUUCAAUAGUAAUAUCUUCAUACAAAAUUAGAAUUGUAUUUUAAAACAUUUUCAAUAUCUAGUUAUAUUUCAUCUUUAAUAUAUUUUGUAUUUAUUGCAUGAAAUGUUUUUAAGAGAUGCAAAUCAUGUAAAUAUAAUUGUUAUUAUCAUGAACUGGCAAUAAUAAA